CUUGGUCUCUCCAUCUCUGAAUCAAACCCACGACCUCCAUGGCCAGAGCUUCUAAGCUCAACACAAGCCACCAACACCACUGCCAUGGUUGAAACUCCAUGGUUCAACCAAUAGUUGUUGUGGCGAGCCACCGUUGUGUGUGCUGUGUUCAUAUGAUGAUUUUACUCGUGUUCACACUUCACAAGCAUUACAUAAAACACAACACACACACAUCUAGCCAUAGAAAACCCAAAAUCCUAACGCAAAAACAUAGCCACACCCAAGCCAAAAAUCCAACCUUUUGAACACCUAAAACUUGGAACAAAAAUCCUUUCUUUCUUACACCCCCAAACCCAAAUCAAAAUCCUUUCUUUUUCCAAAUCAUUAAACCCCAAAAAGAAACCAAAUUCCCAAACCCACAAACAGGCAGGCAAUAAAAAUAGAAACUUUCGGCCAUAAAUCAAAGAACGAUAGCAAAAAAAUAAAAAGAUAAAGAGAAAUAGAGAUAAAGAGUGAAGUCGAGGGAAAAUAAGGCCAUCCCAACGUUGGCUCGCGGCGGCAGCUAUUGGUUGAACCAUGGAGUUUCGGCCAUGGAAAUGGUGUUGGUGGCUUGUGUUGAGCUUUGAAGCUUCGGUCAUGGAGAUCAUAGGUUUGAUUUAGAGAUGGAAAGAUCAGGUGGGGAAAGAAGAGAAAGAUUCGGUCAUGGAGAUCAUAGGUUUGAUUUAGAGAUGGAAAGAUCAGGUGGGGAAAGAAGAGAAAGAGAGGGAGAGAGGUCAAAGCUUAAUCUUUUUGGCUGAAAAACAAAAAAAAUAGAGAGGUUGGUAAUGUGGCAGGUCAGUCCGGCGUAAAACACACAUUUUACGCUAGAUCCUGACUAAAUUUAUUCUCUUUUUCGUUUUGAAUAAUGAAUAUCCAAAUACUAUAUUCAAAGUACUCAAUUCCCUUUUAAAAAAAAAAAAAAAAAAAAACAAAACAAAAACGAAAAGAAAAAAAGGUACUCGAUUCCCUGUCUGCUGUCUUUCAAGCUUAGCCAAAGGCCGAAGCGCUCCUUCAACGUGCUCUUCCUCUAAACUAAGCCUUCUACCCUCUCUCGCCACCGAACCUUCGCGGCUCCACUACAAAUUCUGAUUCGAUAAUAACAUCCAGCUUCCUUUCUUCUUUUGAGAACGGAUCCUUCGAAGUUGAUCUCUGCUUAGAGCCGAUUGAAAAAGUCUGUAGGAGGCACUUGUUUCUUUUAUAUUCAGUUGCAUCUGAUAGAGCAGUAUCUACACAAGACAAAUAAAGUUGAAAAGAAUCAACAGUGACUUUGCUGUGGGGUUCUUAUACUCUGUACCAUGCUUAAGGUCCCAAAUCAUCAGGUUGCGGGCCACCAGGCAGGUGAUGGAAAGCUUGGUCCUUUGGUAGAUGAUUCAGGGAACUUCUACAAGCCUCUUCAAAGUGAUGAUCGUGGGUCCAAAGAAGUAUUUUUCUAUACAUCGUUCUCUUCCAACACUAACAUUCCAAAUCACAUCCGCAGAUUCUUUCCUACUUUUCAUGGCACUCAGCUUAUAGAGGCAUCCAAUGGGUCUGGGAAGCAACCUCAUCUUGUGUUGCAAGAUAUAUUCUCCGGUCGCCUCAAUCCAUCUAUCAUAGACAUUAAGAUAGGAUCCAGAACAUGGUACCCUCAAGCAUCAGAGGACUAUAUCCAAAAGUGCUUUAUGAAAGACACAAAAAGAUCGAGCCUUGCACUGGGGUUUAGGAUAGAUGGUUUGCAGAUAUAUGAGAGUGAAGGAUCAGGGUUCUGGAAGCCUGAUAGGAAGCUUAUCCAUAAAUUUACUGCGGAGGAUGUUAGGUUAGUCCUGAGGCGGUUUAUUUCUUCUAACUCAUUUGCAGGUGUGGACCCUGAUUGUACUUUUGCAUCAACUAUUUAUGGUGGUUCUGGGGGAAUUUUGGCACAACUGCUGGAGCUCAAAGAAUGGUUUGAGCAUCAAACGAUUUUUCAUUUCUAUUCUUGUUCAGUUCUUAUGGUGUGUGAGAAGGAAUCAGUAGUGAAAGAAAUGAGUUCCGGUGCUGAAGUUAAACUUGUUGAUUUUGCACAUGUCGUGGAAGGCAAGGGUAUUAUUGAUCAUAACUUCUUGGGUGGGCUCUGCUCUUUGAUAAAGUUUAUCUCAGAGAUUCUGACCUGCUCAGACGUGCAUACAGCUAAAGCUUCUCUGCAAGACCCUUGAAAGAACUACUUUUAUACCAAUUGUGACACUGAUAAUUGAACAGGAUGUCUUAAAUAUAGGCUUCCUCACCUCACUGAUUGGCCUGUAGCUUCCCCCUGGAUGUUGAAAUCUAAAGUACUGUUUAGAAUUGUAUUACUUUCCACUUUAUUUGGAACUAAAAUUUUAUUGACAUUGUUGAGGCUGUUUCUGUGAAUGACUGUUCAAGAAGUUUCCUCAAUGCUGUUGUUGCCCUUCUAAGUUUAUAUAUCUUGAAAUGCAUAACCAUUGAAUAUUGAUUUGUGGCGCUUA